CUCAGUCGCGCCGUGAGCGCGGAGCGGCCGGAGCUUAAAAGGGGAAGCUCCGCGCUGGGGGCUCCGUGAGGAGCCGCUUCCCCGUUCCCCGGUGGGGUUUAAAUUCCUCCCCAACCCCUCCGUGAAGGGCUCCAUUCCAAGCACUCGAAGCGGCGCGAGGCCGCGGUUCCACCGGCGCCAUGCACGGCGGGCCGCCCUCGGGCGAUAGCGCCUGCCCGCUGCGCACCAUCAAACGAGUCCAGUUCGGGAUCCUCAGCCCCGAUGAGAUGAAACGGAUGUCGGUKACCGAGGGGGGCAUCAAAUACCCCGAAACCACCGAGGGGGGACGCCCCAAACUYGGGGGGCUGAUGGACCCCCGGCAGGGCGUCAUCGAGAGAACGGGACGCUGUCAGACCUGUGCUGGGAACAUGACCGAGUGUCCGGGUCACUUUGGGCACAUCGAGCUGGCCAARCCCGUGUUCCACGUGGGCUUCCUGGGCAAAACCAUGAAAAUCCUGCGCUGCGUCUGCUUCUUCUGCUCCAAGCUGCUCGUGGACUCGAACAACCCCAAGAUCAAGGACAUCCUGGGCAAGUCCAAGGGGCAGCCCAAGAAGAGGCUGACCCACGUCUACGACCUCUGCAAAGGCAAAAACAUCUGCGAGGGUGGCGAGGAGAUGGAUCACAAAUUCGGGGUGGAGCAGCCCGAGGGCGACGAGGACCUCACCAAGGAGAAGGGCCACGGCGGCUGCGGGCGCUACCAGCCCCUGUCAUUAUCCCAUUAACCCAUUCUAACCCCAUUUCUGA